AUGGCUGGCGGAAAGAACUUUUUAGGCCUUCGGGGCACACAGCUCAGGGUAGCAAUGGUGCUGCUCGUCGUUGCACCUAGCUUUAUUCUUUUUGGAUACAAUAAUGGAUCAACCGGUGGUAUCGCGACGUUAGAAUCGUUUGUUCAUCAAUUCCCAACCAUUGACACGGUGAAUACGACCGGAGCUCAAAAAUCCCACAACUCGACGAUCAAAGGCGUGGUUACCGGAUCGUAUGAUCUCGGUGCUGUUGUUGGUUCAUUGCUCUGUAUUGGCUAUAGUGACCGUAUCGGUCGACUACGAACCGUGCUCAUCGGCCUCUUGUUAUCUAUCGUCGGUCUUGUUUUGCAAGCUUCUGCUUUCAGUCUCGCCCAAUUCACGGUUGGCAGGUUGAUCAUCGGAUCAGCUAUCGGCACGAUCAGUAGUGCCAUACCUGUCUGGCAAUCAGAAUGCUCUACUACUGCCCAUCGUGGAGCUUUUGUGGUUCUAGAAGGACUUUGCAUUAGCAGUGGCAUCACACUUUCAGAAUGGGUAUCUUUCGGCUGUUCAUUUUCUUCGAACAAGUCUGUACAAUGGCGACUACCCCUGAUAUUCCCGGUGGUUUUUUCGCUAUUUGUGAUUCCCUUUCUGUUCUUGAUGCCGGAGUCACCACGCUGGUUGGCUCGAAAGGGCCGAGUAGACGAAGCUAGAAGUGUCCUCGCUGCAUUGGAAGAUGAAUCGGAAGAUUCACCAAAAGUGGCACAGGAGAUGGCCGAAAUCGAACGCUCCCUAUCUCUCGUAACCGGCAGUUUGAGGGAGCUUGCUCACAAUGGAGAAGAGAGAGUUUUACAUCGCACGUUGCUCGCUGCCUGUGGACAAAUGUUCCAACAAAUGUGCGGUAUUUCCGCCUUGGUGUUUUACACAAGCACAAUAUUCGAGGAUCUGGGUUUCAAAGGCGACAAAUCUAAAAUCUUAGGAGCCUGUCUAACCACCUUCCAGUCCUUCUGUGCCAUCAUCCCACUUUUCCUAAUCGACAGAUACGGCCGUCGGAAACUCUUCAUGAUAACCGGCACAGGCCUCGCAAUCUGCACAGCCGUCAUCGCAGGAACAGGCGGCCAACCAAAAGGAAGCAACGCCGCAAACGCCGCUGUCGUGUUCGUCUUCCUAUUCGACUUUUUUUACCCGAUUGGCUUCCUAGGCCAAACAUUCCUAUAUGCCACUGAAUUAGCGCCUCUACGCCUCCGAGUCCCCAUCACAGCAGUCGCCAACGCAACGCAAUGGCUUUGUCAGUUCGUGGUCGCUCAGAUUACGCCGCCUGGUACAACAAAUUUGGGGAGUAGGUAUUGGAUUAUCUUUGCUGUGCUAAAUGCAUCUUUUGUGCCGAUUGUGUAUUUUUUCUUUCCGGAGACGAAUGGACGGUCGUUGGAGGAGAUGGAUGUUAUUUUUAGGCAGUCGGAUGGCAUUUGGGAUGUUGUGCGGAAAGCGAGAGAUCAUUCUUCUGCGGUGACGAGGCAUGAUGAGGAUACUGAGGAGUCGGAUUCGGUUGAGAGGGAGGUCAUUGGGGGCCUGAAGCCUACUGCGCAGCAGAAGGAGCAGGUUUAG